AUGGAGGCUGUCAUGGACGACCCUUCCGUGCAUCCCAAGGUCAAGGAGCUGCUCUCGUUGCCUCAGCCGCCUCAGAGGACCGAGCCCUGGUACGAGAUGAGGAAGCAGAUGCUGACGGCCAGCGACUUGGCCGCUGCCAUAGGGGAGAACCCCUACGAGAGGCCUUACAACCUGUUGUUGAAAAAGUGCGGGCUGGGUCCGGUGUUCACCGGUAAUGCUUGUACGGAGUAUGGGGCGGCUCUCGAAGAUACCGUGGUCGAGAAGUUUUGCAAGCAGUACGGUUGGAGGCACUUUGAUGCCGGUCUCUUGAGGCACCCGACCAUAGAUUUCUUAGGGGGGAGCCCGGACGGCCUGCUGUCGUCGCACGACGGGAGCCGGUUCGCGAUCUUGGAGAUCAAGUGUCCGUUGAUCAAAGAUAUCAAGGACGAGGUGCCUUCGUAUUACUUUCCACAGAUACAGCUCUGUAUGCAGAUCUGUCAGGCGGAGCGCUGUUUCUUCGUGCAGUACAGACCCGAGUCGCUGUGGCAGAAGGAGGAGUUUUCGGUCUUGGACGUGCCUAGGGACGACGCAUGGUUCGAAAAGAUUCUGCCGGUAGCAGAAGACUUUUGGAAACAAGUCCUAUAUCACAGGGCCAACGGAGGGGUGGAGUUGAUCGCAAAGAUGGAGAGCCAAAGGAUAAACUCGGCGUGCAGAUUCGUCAUAUACGUGUUGAUAGGAUGCUUCCUGUGGCAAUUAGAUGGCUUCAUGUGCAUGGCGUAUAUCGCUACGCUAUUACUCUUCGUGUUGUUCGGCGAGUCGAAAGCACGCAGCACUACGCGGCAGAGAGUGGAAAAGGCGUAUGCAGUAGCGGAGGGACGGGACGGCAGAGAAUGCAGGAUGCCGACGGACGAUAACCCUUUCGGGAAUUUCAUGGUCACCGACUUUGACGACCCAGAUAGGCCGCCGGCCUGCGAUCCAGAGGACGUGCAAGAAGAGAUAGACAGCAAGUUUUACAAGAAUCUGUACAGGAACGUGGACGAUCUGUACGAGAAGGAAUCUAGCGCUAGACAAUUCUACACGAAUCCAGUCACCGCGGUCUGCAACGACCAGGUAGAGUUCGCCAGGUCUCUCUAUCAGGACAUGGGUUCCAGGAGACGCCACGGUAUGGCGUACUAA